GUUCGACUCCUUGAAACCGCAACGGGGUCAUUCGUUGUGGUGAGGACUGAAAGGCUAGGUCGGGCUGCGCGCCUUCCUAUAAGAACAACUUGGCCAGCGCACGUCGAACGAAUCUACUGGCAUGCAGCGCGUACAUUUGGCUCGAGAAAUAGAGAUGUGGCUCUGAAACUAUUAGAAAGUGCCAACUGCUUUCCGUCUGAAGUUCUGUUCGCUCAUCAAGACAUAAUGUUGCCAAGUAUUGGAAGCUUCAAGGACAUUUCCUGCCCGUUUUUCGACGAGGGUCUUUGUGUACGACCUUUUUGCCAUUUUCGGCACCUAAGAAAAGGAUUCUCCGAACACCGUUCACUACUCGAGGAAGACGUUUCUGUUAUUUCAACACUCUCUGGUGAGGAAAAUGAUAACAUUGAUCGACAUUUAACUUCUGAAGCAGACAGAAAAAAUAUAGUGGAAACUGAUUUGCAAGGAACUAUGGUGUGUCAAAGUCGAUCAAGCGAUGUAGAAAGUGAUUCAGAAAAUUGUGCAAAGAAAGAGGAAGAAGUUCCUCCUUCAGCCUUCAUUUCUCGGAAGUCUCAAAAUGUCCCCGAAUAUAAACCAACUCCCAUCUCUGUUCUGAAAAAUCGCCAUAUACCUGUAGUAUAUCCGUCGAGUCUAUUCAAAAGUACCACUAGAUUAAAGAGGAAGUCUGAUAGUAUUGAAUCUUUUUUACAAACAAAAUUGAAGAAAGACUGCAAAAUUAAUUGUGAAACGUCUAUUAAGUUUUCGUCAUUAUUUGAAAAUGUUUUUGAACAAAGAAAUGUCUUGGGUGUUAAUCGAGAUGGCAUUUUGAAUACACAUCCAGCAACAGCUCAGAGUGUGAAAGGAGAAAUUGAAGACAUUCCCAGUGAAGGAUGUUUUACACAAAAUUCCAAUACUCCAUCUGCACCUAUUAUAUACGUUCCCUCUCCUGCAGAAUAUAAUGAUUCAGAAGAAACAGUGAAACCAAUUUAUGAAUUCCUUUGCAAUCCCAGUUCUGCUGGGGAUAUUUCUUCUUACCGAUCAAGUCCAUUAAAUUGCAUAGAACAAGAAUAUGAGUCUUUCUAUUGCAAGAAAAAUAUCCAAGAACAUAUGACAAAUGAUGUAUCAAAGUGUGGAGAUUUAUCCAAAAUAAACUUGAAUUUUAGCGCAGGCAUUCUAAAUGACGCCGAUGAUAAAUUAAAUUGCAGUAACCUCAUAACGGUAGAAGAAAGGAAAGAAAUCAGUAAUGAUGAGCAGAUUAAGCAUUCAGAAUGUUAUAAAAACUUUUCACUCACUGUUGUAAGUGAAAUGAAUGUUAUUAAAGAACCAAUGGAAUAUAAUAAAAAGGAACUGGGCAAUGGCGGAAAGGACAGUAAAGAUAAGAAGGAAAAUAAAAUUAAAAGGAAAGGGGAUAGCAAAAAGGAAAGUGAUGAACGGUAUUGCAACAAAAAAAGAACUAGCGAUUACAAACUUCAACAUGCCAGUUCAGUUAUCAGAAAAUGUGUCAAAGAAUCUAAUGCUAGAAAAGAUGGUCAAUAUAAAGAUAAUAGAAGAAAAGAUAAGCGUAAAGAAAGUAGACGAAAGAGUGAAGACACAAUAAAAGCACAGAGAAAACGUACAAAUUGUGAAAACGGAGACACAGUGAAAAAUAACUCAUGUGUCAAUUUUGAUAGUUCAAAGAAGUUAUGUGGUCACAAAAAUCAUAGUAAGGAUCGUUACAGCUACAAAAGUGAUGCUCACAAAACUAACAGUUCUCAUAAAAUUGUAGGAGAAAAGUCUUUAAGAAUUGAAGAAAAUUCCAAAUCUGAUAAUCAUAAUACUAAACGUAAAUCUACUUCACUUUGUCCUGUAGAUAGUAAGAAAAUGAUGUCUGAUCUUGAGGUCAUAUCAGAAUCCGAAAGGAGACAGGAAAAUAAAAAUACUGAUGAACCAGAUGGUACUUCAUUGAUGUACAAUGGGGCGACCGACACAUAUAUUCCAUAUGACUCUGCAUCCACUGACAAAUGGGCCUGCUCAGAUGAAAAUGAAUGUACCAAACAAAGCUACACGUUUGAAGAAUCUCAGUCAAAUCUUGCUGAAAAUAAACCAGAGCAUAAUUCACAGCAGGCCGAAGAUGAAACGUAUGUGUUUGGGAGACGCCGAAUAGCUCACGAUGGUGCCCAGGAUAGGAAGCUUCUGUUACCACCUACAAGACGCCACAAUGUGCCUCAUCCAUCUCAAACGCUAUCAGAGCGCUACCAGAAAGUUAGGGAGACCCACAAUUCUGUUCAGACUAUUGUUCAAGGCCAGACUUGGGCACAAGCAGAUGCAUUCACUCACUCACAGUCCAUUCUCGACUGCCCUUCAUCCAUGAACCAGGAAGAUGUGAUAUCUUCUGACUCUCAAUCUAAGAACACCACUCUUUCUUCUGCGGGAAAGAGACGUAUUGCACAUGUACCGAAUGUGUCAAGACUGUUAGAUGCGAAACGGAAAUUGCUGCAGAAAUUGAACUCGACCUCAGAAUCAUCUAAAAUCCCACGUGAUUCCACAAAUGUACAAACAUUGCCAAAAGGUGUACAACUUAUUGCUCAUGUUCCAUUAAAUACAGUGUUGGCUCGUCCUGUUGUGCAAGGGGUGGGUGGUAAGAUACCUUCCAACAUUAGGCAGAAGUAUCUCAAUAUCCUGAUGGACGAGUAUCUUAAACUCACUUCAACAGAGCAAGAGGCGUGUGAAAGAGCCGAAGACGAAGAAAAAUCUAUUUACUUCCGAAGUACAACGCGCGAUAUUUAUGCCAGUCAUGUAUCAAAUACCAUUAACAGACUCAGAAAAGCGUCACAAAUUAACAGAAAACUGAUGUCUGCGAAAAUAUGCAGAAAAAAUGAAAAUGCAACAGGUCAUGCUUCUUUGCUAAGAGGGACAGUUGACACAAAGGGAUCGAGGAGCAUUGAAAUAAGAAAACCAUCAGCGAGUGUAGUCAGUAAGACACUAUACGAAUCAUUAUCACAGUUUAUCAUGACUGAAGAACAACUGAAGCAAAAUGGAUUUCCUAGGAGCCAUGGUGAAGAGGAAGGUGUGGCAGUGAUUCAUAAUUUCUUUAAGAAGACAUUUCUUCCACAAAAACCUUCUGAGCGCUUGUGUGUUCGGUGCUCCAAGAAAUACUACGUGGAUGAUGAAGGUCUUGCGAUAGAACAAGGCCUGUGUGUGUACCAUUGGGGUCGACCUUUCCAGAGAAAAAUACGAGGUGGUUGGGAAUCUUUGUACAACUGCUGUCAAAGUCACAGGGACGCCAUUGGCUGUUCUGUUGGAAACUGUCAUGUAUCUGAGAACUUUGACCCUAAUCAUCUUGAAGGGUUUGUGAAAACAUUACCAAAAGACACUCUUCCAGAAGAUGACUAUAGCGUCUACGCACUAGAUUGUGAAAUGUGUUACACUACUGAGGGGCUGGAACUAACUCGCGUUUCAGUCAUUGACACAAACUUCAAUAUUGUUUUUGAAAGCCUUGUGAAACCUGAACGUACCAUCCUGGACUAUAACACCAGGUUUAGUGGAGUCAAAGAAAAUGACCUUAAAUAUGUGUCAACAAAUAUUUUUGAAGUUCAGUCUGUGUUACUUAGCUUUAUUCACGAUAAAACUAUUCUUAUCGGUCACAGUUUGGAGAGUGACUUUAAGGCUUUAAAGUUGAUUCACAAUACGGUGAUAGACACAAGUGUAGUUUAUCCUCAUAAAAUGGGUCUUCCAAAGAAGCGGGGAUUGAAGUCUUUGUGUAGAGAGUUUCUGCAGAAAAUUAUUCAAGAGAAUGUAGGUGGACAUGACAGCACCGAAGAUGCUUGUGCUGCCAUGGAACUUAUGCUUCUUAAAGUGAAGGAAGAUUCGAAGACAGCACUG